AGCUCGUCAACGCCCAUCAUCGACCAUCUUGUUUUCUUCUGGUUCCUUUUCGUCCCAGCUUCAAGGGGCUGCUAUCAGACCUUCGACGAUAAGAACUUGAAUUCAUGAUCAUACAUAUUCUCAGGUAGUCAGAAUGCUGUCCGUCAAAUUCGAUUCACGCGCCUUCCGUGCACGGGAUUCAUCUUCAUACAGCAUUCAAUGAACUUGAUCGCCGGAAUCCACACUUGGAAAUUGGACGGGAGUCAACCAAAAUCUCCGAGAUCCAAACUCGGAAAGUGCACGGGGUCACUAAAGAAUUUUUGUUUUUAUAUCCCUUGGGUGGCGCCAUCCGAUCGAUACUAAUUAUCCCCCUCCAUGGCGAACUCACCAAUCUCAUCAUACCUCGAGUCACACCCAAUACUCUCGACUCUCACUCUUCUCCGCGAAGAAAAAGACGAUGUGUUUGGAACAAUUGCGGAUUUGGCACUGAAGAUUUUUGACUAUCGAUCUAUCGCAAGAAUACAUUCUCUGGUCGUAACCUCUUGUGAAACCGCGUACGCCGCGAACUUUUAUACCCAACAUAUUUCACAAACGGGUCAAGGUUAUGAGCCAGAGGGUACGUCUCUCGCUGACAAGCUGGCUAGACUUACCGAAACGCUAGAUGAUAUCCUGUUACUGAGCAGCCGGAUCGCUUCUCGAGGGCGUCUUUCAGCUACCAUCAUUGGAUACAUCGGUUUCUGGGAGUUAAACGAGAUAAAGAGGCUGCAGGACGUACUGAAAGUUAUGAUCAUUCAUGAUUUUUGGCCGGAGGUGGGGUUUCGUACCUUCAUAGCUGCAAAAACCUGCUUCGGCGCGUUGUUAGGACCAGAAGGAACAGGAUAUACGAAAAGGUAG